AUGGUAAGGAGACCAACUCUCACUUCCGCCAUAUUCGCCAUCUCCAUAGUCAUACUGGCUUUCUCGCUCUUCCCAACCCUCCUACCACGCCUCCGACUCCUCUCAUCCCACUUCCUACCCCGCCAACAACAGCAGCAUCUCACCACAAUGUCGACCGACUACAGCAAAGAGCUCAACAUUGCUCUCCUAGCAGUCCAGCGCGCCUCUAUUCUCGCCAAGACCGUCUUCCACCAGAACAGCAAAGGCACAUUGGAGAAGGGCGACACUUCACCUGUGACCAUCGGCGACUUUGGAGCACAAGCUCUGAUCAUCGCUGCGCUGCAACACAACUUCCCCGACGAUGAGAUCGUAGCAGAGGAGGAGGCCAAGGAUCUCAGAGAGAACUCAAAGCUCCGUGAUCUUGUCUUCGGUCUUGUGCAAGAUGCAAAGCUUCACGACACAAAUGCUGAGAAGGCGCUGGGAGGACCCGUAGCGUCUGCUGAGAAGAUGUUGGACAUUAUCGACAAGGGCGACAGCAAAGGUGGAAACAAGGGCAGAAUUUGGGCAAUCGAUCCUAUCGACGGCACGAAAGGUUUCCUACGAGGUGGACAAUACGCUGUCUGCUUGGGUCUGAUGGUCGAUGGAGACGUCAAGGUCGGUGUGCUCGGAUGCCCAAACCUGCCAGUUUCGGAUAGCGAGCCUCUGAAGGAGAACAUCGGUGCCGACGCCAGCGACGAGGAAGGUAAGGGUGUGCUUUUCUCUGCCGUGCAGGGCGAGGGCGCAUACUCUCGACCACUGCAGAAGGGCUCGCUGGAAGCUGCCAAGAAGAUUCAGAUGAAGCCAAUCUCGAACAUCGCAGAUGCAACCUUCUGCGAGAGCGUAGAAGCUGCGCACAGCAACCAGAGCGACAGCGGCAAGAUUGCUGAGAAGCUCGGCAUCACAAAACCAAGUGUGAGAAUGGAUUCGCAAGCAAAGUAUGGCUCGAUCGCGAGAGGUGCUGGAGAUCUUUACCUCAGAUUGUCAGUCAAGAAGGACUAUGUUGAGAAGAUCUGGGAUCACGCAGCAGGAGAUUUGAUCGUUCGUGAGGCUGGUGGCCAGGUUACUGAUGUUGAGGGCAAGAGGUUGAACUUCAGCUUGGGCAGGACGUUGAAGGAGAACAAGGGUGUUAUUGCGGCGCCUAAGGAUGUGCAUGCGAAGGUUAUUGAGGCUGUGCAGAGUGUGCUGAGUAGCAAGCAGUAG